GAACUGAUUUAUCAAAGGUGAUGGUAGCUCAAGGCUGCCCACCUGAGUCUAAUAGACCUGAAUUUAAUCCAAAUGUUUAUCCAAUGAAUCCCUGGACACAUUAUGAUGGUUUGCAGAGUCCACCCAUGGCCAGCUGGGGAGGUAAUGUGUGGGCCGGUAGAGGAAGGGCAAGAGGCCGUGGUGGCUCGGUGAGUGCGAGGGGCGCCUGGGGCUAUGGAAGGGGUGCGCCUGGAGCGGGUCGUGGGCCUAGAGGUGUCUGUUGGGUGUGUUAUCAGCCUGGGCACUGGGCGAAAGACUGUCCACAGCAGCCACAAAUUCAACAGCAAAUGGGUCCGCCUCAAGCAGGAAGGGGUGGUCCAUUUCACCAGGCUCCAAACCCACACAUGAUCCCUGGACCAAGACCUCAAAUGCCGACCUGGGAGGCCGGCUGGAACAGCCAGGACUGGCAGCAGUGACACACCCCACAGGGAGGCCGGGGAGAGGGGGGAAAGGCAGACCCCUUACUCUCACUGACGGUGAAUGGACUGACUCUGCCGUUCCUUGUUGAUACGGGAGCUACUUAUUCAACCAUCCAAGAAGUUCCUGAUAACACUAAAUUAUCUGGGGACGAGGUCAGCGUGGUCGGCUUCUCUGGGGUUUCAAUGACAUUGCCAGUGACUGUUCCUUUAAAGACUGAAAUUGGAAAGCAAGCAGUGGCUCAUCCAUAUGUCAUUUCAGCGCAGGUGCCUGUGAACUUGAUGGGGCGAGACCUGCUCAUCAAACUGGGAGCUGUGAUCAUGUGUGGGCCUGAUGGUUUAACAGUGACUCUGAAGGAUGGCACACAGCUUCCAUGUGUGGCCACAGGUACGAGAGGACAGUGGCUGCUGUCUGAGGACAUUGAUCGUACAGCAGAAAUCUACUGGGCCCGGCUGACGACCUCUAACGGCAUCCUGGCACACUUCCAACUCUGGCGGCCCUGGAUCAUGGCCCUCGACGUGUAUGCUCCACCCAUUGACCCAUACCACGUGACACUCUUUUAUGAUCGCGAAAACACUGAGUGGUAUGAAGAUCUGUUCCAUGAAUUCCUGGAGGGGAAGGCAUGGCAGGUCUCUACCAGAGAUAUUUAUGUUGGACCGCAGGGGGUAGCAGCCCUGGUCCAUUUGUCGGAGGAACAAAAGAGCUGGUUCCGAAUGGGUGAUGAAUCUGUGCCUCAUGUGUCUCUAGCGGUUCAUUCUGGACAUCAAGCGAAGGACUUGGGUCCCAUGAUGCGUGUAGCUUCACGAGCAACUGAUUGGCAACUCACACAGAUUCCUGAUGUUUCCUUCUCCCCAAGUACUAAAACAUAUAGAAUUUCAACAUCACACACAGAUAACACUAUGUUGGAACAUCGUCACAUUCGUAGGACACAUGGCAGGGAACUGACAGAUCAUCCAGAGGCCGUUAAAGGCCUCUCACAGUUGCCUCAUACACUGUGGUCACAGGGGCCUACGGAUGUUGGCUUAACCACCUGUUCGCCUGUGACCUUUGAACUUAAAUCUGACAUUCCAAUAUGGCGUCCGCAGUACCGACAUUCACCACAGGCAGAGGAAGGCAUUGCAGAGACUAUUGAAGGGCUGUUAAAGGUGGGGGUGUUGGAGCCUUCCACGUCUCAAUGGAACACGCCUAUUUUGCCAGUGGAAAAGCAUGGCACAGGGGUCAACAGUUAAGGUAUACUCGGUUGCCACAGGGAUUUGCUCUGUCACCGGGGAUUUUUAACCAGGUGUUGAAGCAGACGUUGGAACCGUGUGUGAUGCCGGCUGGCUGCACUCUGGUUCAAUAUGUUGAUGACCUCCUGAUUGCCGCUCCCACGGCAGACGCUUGCUUUCAGGCCACCAUGACCGUGCUCAGGAGACUGGCAGAGGCGGG